UGAAGUGGUGGGGAUACGGGGAUGGAAUGGACCAGCGGACACGUGCCACCUGUCAUAGAUUCGGUGUUGGUACCUUUGCGGUAGCUGAUAGCGGCAUUAGUGGUAGAUUAGCCCGUGACGAGAGCUCAUCUCCAGGAUCAGCUCCAAAUAAUUUUUUAAAUCAAUCACAAUCGAUCGAUCCGCCAAAACAAUCGGCAAACAAGUCUCACAGAAAUAGUGAUCGAUUUUUCGAUAGGGUCUAGUGACCAGGAUAAAAAAAAAAUCGGUGAAAUUUGGAUUGGAAUUUUCUAAAUGACAUAUCGCGAUAUGGAGGUGGUGGAUCCUGGCACAGAAUCGGAGAAUCCUCCCCGGGAUUUGACUGGUUACACCUCAGACACCAGUGACGAUAGUGAUGAGGAGAGAAUACCACAGGCAAAAGCGAUAAAUCCAGUGACUAGUGCAUUUUCGAUUGAUAGUAUUCUUGGACGAAAGGACGGUAAUCGACGUGCAGCAGAAUCGAGUGUUGAUAAUCAUGAUGAUAAUGCCCCGGAGAACAGAAAUUAUCUCCUAGGGCCCACCGGAUUGUCCGGAAGACCCAACAACUUUUAUGAUCAGCAUACAAGUCCUCUCUACAGUCCUGGCUCGACACCCUCGAUCCCGGAAGGUCUACCAGAGUCACCAGGAUAUUCAGCUGCCUCCCUGGCAUCGGCAUCUCUCCUCUACGGCAGUUGGUUCACCCAAUCGAAACCCGGUCAGUUGUUCGGUCUCCAAGCGCCAAAACCGAGUGGCAGACGAUCACGAAAGCCAGGAGUUGACAGAAAGCCUCGUCAGGCGUACAGUGCAAAACAAUUGGAGAGGCUUGAAUCUGAAUUCAAGGUGGAUAAAUACCUGAGUGUGAGUAAACGGAUGGAGCUGUCGAAGACCCUGAGCCUCACCGAAGUACAAAUAAAAACUUGGUUCCAAAAUCGUCGGACAAAGUGGAAGAAGCAGUUAACAUCGCGGUUAAAAAUUGCCCAGAGACAGGGAUUAUUUCCAUCUGCGUAUUUCUCACCUGGACAAUAUCCUCUAUUGCCUUAUUACGCAGGACCAAUAAUAUUUGGAGCACCAGCGGGGGAUGAGCAAAUGGCAUCCAGCCUCUCCAUCAGUCAAUCAAUUUCAGUUUCCGAAGAAACGUAGAUGAUUCCACCGACCGGCU